CGCCCGGGUGCCGGGUCCGGAGCCGGGUCUCUGCCGGCCCGGGAGCUUGCCUGGUGCCGGCGUCUGGGGGAGAGCGCGACCCCGGCCAUCGGGCCCCCCCGGGGUGGUCCCUCCCCAGCCCAACUUGGCGAGCAGACUAUAGCCCUCGUUUUCCCUUGGCUCGCUAUGGAGCCCUUCUGUCCGUUCCUGCUGGCCGGUGUUAGCCUGCCCCUCGCCAAGGCUCUCAAGGGCAACGAGACCACCACUGCCACCGCCGCUCAGAGCAACUGGACCUCCACAACUGCAGGCCCCCCGGCCCCCGGCACGCCGCAGCCCCUGCUGGCCUGGCUCCUGCUGCCCCUGCUAGCCUUCCUGCUCUUUCUGCUGCUCGCCGCCUACUUCUUCAGGUUCCGGAAGCAGAGGAAGGCGGUGGUUAGUGCCAACGACAAGAAGAUGCCCAACGGGAUCCUCGAAGAGCAAGAGCAGCAGAGGGUGAUGCUUCUCAGCAGGUCCCCGUCGGGGCCGAAGAAGUACUUCCCCAUCCCCGUGACACACCUGGAGGACGAGAUCCGUGCCCGCUCGGCAGACGACUGCAAGCGGUUUCGGGAGGAGUUCAACUCUCUGCCGUCUGGACACGUGCAAGGAACUUUUGAACUGGCCAAUAAAGAAGAAAACAGAGAAAAAAACCGAUACCCCAACAUCCUUCCUAAUGACCAUUCCAGGGUGAUUUUAAGCCAAGUGGAUGGAAUCCCGUGUUCAGACUACAUCAAUGCUUCCUACAUAGAUGGUUAUAAAGAGAAGAAUAAAUUCAUAGCCGCUCAAGGUCCCAAACAGGAGACAGUGAAUGACUUCUGGAGAAUGAUCUGGGAGCAGAAAUGUGCAACCAUCGUGAUGCUGACGAAUCUAAAAGAAAGAAAAGAGGAGAAGUGCCACCAGUACUGGCCGGACCAGGGCUGCUGGACGUACGGGCACAUCCGGGUGUGUGUGGAGGACUGCGUGGCGCUGGUGGACUACACCGUCCGGAAGUUCUGCAUCCAGUCCCAACUCCCUGACGGCUGCAAAGCACCUCGGCUGGUCUGCCAGCUGCACUUCACCAGCUGGCCUGACUUCGGGGUGCCUUUCACCCCCAUCGGCAUGCUCAAGUUCCUGAAGAAAGUGAGGACGCUCAACCCCGCGCACGCUGGGCCCAUCGUGGUCCACUGCAGUGCGGGUGUGGGCCGGACAGGCACCUUCAUAGUGAUCGACGCCAUGAUGGACAUGAUGCACGCGGAGCAGAAGGUGGAUGUCUUUGACUUCGUGUCCAGAAUCCGCAAUCAGCGGCCUCAGAUGGUUCAGACAGACAUGCAGUACACGUUCAUCUACCAAGCCUUACUGGAGUACUACCUCUACGGGGACACCGAGCUGGACGUGUCCUCCCUGGAGAAGCACCUGCAGGCGCUGCAAGGCCCCACCGCCCACUUCGACAAGAUCGGGCUGGAGGAGGAGUUCAGGAAACUGACAAACGUCCGCAUCAUGAAGGAGAACAUGAGGACAGGCAACCUGCCCGCGAACAUGAAGAAGGCCAGGGUCAUCCAGAUCAUUCCAUACGACUUCAACCGAGUGAUUCUCUCCAUGAAGAGGGGCCAGGAGUACACGGACUACAUCAACGCAUCCUUUAUAGACGGCUACCGGCAGAAGGACUACUUCAUCGCCACCCAGGGGCCCCUGGCGCACACCGUGGAGGACUUCUGGAGGAUGGUCUGGGAGUGGAAGUGCCACACGAUCGUGAUGCUGACCGAGGUGCAGGAGAGAGAGCAGGAUAAAUGCUACCAGUAUUGGCCAACAGAGGGCUCAGUGACUCACGGAGAAAUAACGAUCGAAAUAAAGAGUGACACCCUUUCUGAAGCCAUCAGUAUACGAGACUUCCUGGUCACCUUCAAUCAGCCCCUGGCCCGGCCAGAGGAGCAGAUGCGGGCGGUGCGGCAGUUCCACUUCCACGGCUGGCCCGAGAUCGGGAUCCCGGCCGAGGGCAAAGGCAUGAUCGACCUCAUCGCGGCCGUGCAGAAGCAGCAGCAGCAGUCGGGCAACCACCCCAUCACCGUGCACUGCAGUGCUGGAGCUGGGCGGACGGGGACUUUCAUAGCACUCAGCAACAUUCUGGAACGGGUCAAGGCUGAGGGGCUUUUAGACGUAUUCCAAGCUGUGAAGAGUUUACGACUUCAGAGGCCACACAUGGUGCAAACCCUGGAACAGUAUGAAUUCUGCUACAAAGUGGUACAAGAUUUUAUUGAUAUAUUUUCUGAUUAUGCUAAUUUCAAAUGAAAAUUCCUGCCUUAAAAUAUUUUUUAAUUUAAUGGUCAGUAUAUUUUGUAAAAAUCAUGUUAAUUUAUUUCAUAGUUGACAUUAAUAUCCUUCAUAAUUUCUUUGUAUAUAUUUUGUUAUGCUUUAAAGGCCACCUGCUGUAAAGUUAUUAAAUCUUAAAUAUGCCCUUUAAAAACUGGAAUAAUGUAUUAAGGUCAAAUAAUAUCCCAUAAAAUAUAUAUUUCUGCUAAUAUCAGUAAAAAAUAUUUUAAUUUUUCAUUAGAUUCAUGUCACUUAACUUCACACAGUCAGCGCCUCUAAAGAUCUUAAUAUGCCGAGUGUGUUUAUUUAUGCAAGGUACUAACCACAGCUUCAUUAGGAAACAAUCGAGGACUGAGAAAUUAGUGGAAAAUUUCCUGGUAUUGAUUUCACAGCCCUGCACAGUGGCAGGUUUUGAAGGCAAACUUCCCGUGAAGAUAUGGCGUAAACAAGGAGUCCUAUACGCCUCAGCCUCAGUCCAUGUAGUUUUCCUUUACCUUUUAAAGAUCAAAGAAGACUUUUCAACCUGAGUCCAGGUCUAAAACACACUGGAGUAAUCGGUGGUUAUGUAGUGAUCCUUAAAAAUGCAUUUAUCAAGACUGUGUUGUGACAUCUUGUCGAGACAAAAGAGAUGGGAAGGCCAGUGGCCCAGUGGGCUCGGGUCCAGCAAACCAGCUCGCAGAGCGUCACUCCCCUCGCGCCGCUUGCUCUCCAUCCUUCUGGGUGGUUGACUCAGAUGACCCUCUAAGAAUCACACCCACUGCCCUUCUCACUCCUGUGUCCCCCGCCUGCACUCCACCAUUCUGCCCUGCUUGUCAUGAGCUAUACCUCGAGGCACAAUAAAAAAUCACUUCCCAUUCCAAAAGGUCAGAUAGCGCAUCUGACAUGCACAGAGAAGCCAGGAGCUCCUGCCUGGGAAAAACAGUCGGGCAACCACAAGCAAUUAUGCUUUAAACUUUCUGAGAAGAAGUGUUUUGGUAUUUUAAAAAAUCUCUUGUAAAAGUUAAGACUGUUUGUAAGAAAAAAAAUAGUUAAAAUAUAGAUUUAUACAGUCUUUUUAAGUCCCACUCCUUAAUAUUUAAUAAAAGGAAAGAAAGAGAUAUCCUUACUCUAAAGACUAACUUGUUUUUGAAUGGUUCCUAUUGAGACGUCUGACACCGGAUAAUAAUGAUCUCAUUGCCACUCAGGAUUGGCUUGUGGGGCAAAAAAAAAAAGAGGACGAACAUGGAAAGUUUUAAUUUAAUGGCAGCGACCUCUCUGUGGCCAUCAGGUGCCUAAGCAGAUGAGCACAAUGUAAAAAAAGACAUCUGGUCUAUCUUUCUGUAAUCAUUUAACAUGUGCAUUUUGGGGUACUUUUUUUUUUUUUUUUGCUUUCUAAAAGAGAUAUGAAUCUAAAGACCUAAUUUGAUAUUUCCACUGGUAACUGAUUGCGCGAGUGCAACCCAGGGUGAGUGAUGUCCUAAUAACAGGCCCACAGGUAAUCAAGGUUCUUCUGCUCCUCCACGCCCCACCCAAAGGUCAGAGGAGCCCAGCUGAACAGACAAAAGCACAACUUUGUGAGAGCUGCCACCAGCAGCAGCCCUGGGCUCCUCAUGCAGCUGACCGCCGCCCUCUCCCUUCUGGGUGCACUGAUGGUGCUUUUGGGUCAAAGAGGAACACGGAGGGAGCUUUGCAAGACGCACCAGGUGGCUGCAUUUGUUUCCAUUGUUAAAGUCCCCAGCCCGAAGUCCUCCUUUGACUAAAGGGGAAGAGAGAAAGUUGAGCACCGAAGCCUAGAAACAGAGCUGCUGUUGGCAGUGAUGGCAACAGGGGAUCGCAGCGCCCCAGGGCCUGGAUGGGGGCCAACUUCAGGAGCCUUCACUGAGCACCCUGCAGGCCCUUUCGUGGUCUAGCUGGCAUCUCGUGUCGUGGGAUUAAGGUACACCUUUUCAGGGGUGCCCUCGGGAAAGCACCCCGUUUGUGUGUAUCUCCUGCCCUUUGGGCCGUCGCCUGCAUCUGCUGAGGCUCCACGCUGGUGGUUCUGAGAACAGAGCAAACGCCACUGGCCCUGGGGUGCAGCACCCUGCUCCCUCCACAAUCAUGGCAGCACUUGCCUCCCCGGGGGGCUCAGUCACCAGCCUCUGGGCCCCUGCCAUCAUCCCGCGGCUCUGAUUCCAGCCUCGGUGGGCGCUCCAGGACUCCGCAUCCUGUCUGCCUUGCCCUGAAAGCUGGCACCUCCUCCCCUUGGGUCAAAGAAAGUCCGUUGUACAUAACUGAACAGCGCCAUGCUGGGAAAGUCGUUUUUCCUUUGACGUGUUUCUCUGUUGCAUGCGGUUGCAUUCAAAGGCCAAAUAGCGAUCAGAAGACGACCCGUUCUGAUCUCCUUGCUUUAUCGGUCACUGUGUGACUCGCUUUACAGUCUCUCUCAUGUGCUUUACGAGUGAAGAAUGCGCACCAGUGUUUUAAAAGGUAUUUUUAUGUAUUUUUUAAAACUUUUUAAAAUGAGCCUGAUGCCUCUGUUUCAGCAUUUGGAGACAUGCCUUUUUUUAAAAAAUGUAUGAUUACUGAUAUUUCUGUUGUGUUUAACUAAGUUGUGUUUAAUUUAUGUGCAAUCUUUAUAAUAUAUGUAUGUACUCUGGUUUCAACUAUCAUUUCUUUUUGUUUUAUUCCAUUUACCAUUUGAUCUUGCUCUGAUUCCAGUGCCAGUGAAUGUUGCUGAAUUUGUAUAUGCAAAUUGCAAGAUCCAAAAUAUUCUGUUGCAAGGAUAAAUCUUUACUUUGACUUCCA